AUGGUCUAUUGCGGGAAGCCGAGUAAAGGCUGUGGCGAAUGUCGAUCCAGGAAAAUCCGUUGUGACCAAGCCAAACCUGCUUGUUCGCAAUGUACCAAAGCCCACCGUGAAUGUCCGGGCUACCGGGACCAGCUGUCGCUGAUGUUCCGGGAUGAGAGCCAGCAGGUGGUUCGGAAAGCGAAGAACAGUGCGUCGACGACCCGUAGGGCCGCUAAGACCUCUAAACGAACGGCCACUGUGCGUGCGAUCGAUACCCCGAGCCCUACUCUUAGUGAGAAGAAGGCGAGUGGGGGCGAGGUGCAGCUGCAAAAGACGCCUCCGGCGGAGACGCCUAGCGUCACCGUUGAUGUUUUGACGCCUUCUGAUAGUGGGGGUAGCAGUGGCAGUGGCAGUGGCAGUUGUAGCAACGAGGGCAGUCCGGUGCAGCAGAUCAACCGCAAAUCGAUUAAUGUUCAGCCAUCUUAUUAUCCUACUCAGGAUGAAGCGGUUUGUUACUUUCUUCGGUACAAUGCAUGGCCCGGUGCUUUCUGGAUGUUGGAUGCGACACCCGAUGCAUUCAUGCAGAAUAAUAAGUCUUCUAGUCUGCAGGCUAUGAGGGCUGGUGUCGUCUCGGUGGGCACGGCAAUGCUUGCGCGCAUUCGACGAUGUCCAUCUUUGAAAUUAGCCGCAGAAAAUGAAUACGGCAAUGCGUUGAGAUUAAUGGGCGCAGCAGUGAUGGAUGUGAACGAGGCGCGCGCAAAUCCGACUCUUGCUGCCGUUCUUUUACUUGCUAUGUUUGAGUGUGUUACGAGUAGGGCUCCAAAGAGUAUUGAGAAUUGGAUAAACCAUAUCCACGGUGCUGCGGCAUUACUUGAGUUACGGGGGAUACAGCAACUUCAAGAUGAAGACGGACUUCGAUUAUUUGUUCAAUUACGCUACCAGAUUAUCGUAAGCUGUUUGCAAAGAGCGGCACGAGUCCCCCAAUCAGUCCUCGACUGCUCUAGGAUUGCCAUGUUUUUACGGCCUCAGAGAGAGGCGUAUGGUGACCGACUGGUGUCGAUUACCGGCAAAUUGUCCAACUUGCGUGCAGAUAUCGCCUCACAAACAAACACGGACGGGCGACAGAUCCUUGCGACUGCUUACGCCAUUGAAGCAGAGCUGAUGACAUGGCUCGCCGGACUACCACCCAACUUCAUGUACAAGACGGUCAAGAAACCCGUGAUUGAUGCAGAGUUCCUCCGCCGCUCGCGUGGAUUCGUACCGUACAGCGAUCAAUACCAUAUCUACAGUGAACUGUGGCUAGCUCAUACUUGGAACCAGUAUCGCUGCUCCAAGAUUAUCGUGACACAUAUCAUCAUGAGCUGUCUACGACGACUAUCAGCGGAUUCAGCUGGCGGGUAUUCCUCCGAAGAUCUGGAGAUUCAUUGCAACGGGCUCCGUGCGACAGCCCGACAGCUGGCCAUUGAUAUCUGCGCGAGUGUGCCAGACCACUUGGGCUUAGUUGGGGAACCAGCUACCAGUAAUCGAAGCCAUAUUGGAGGCAUUGUACUCCUCUGGCCGCUGUUUCUCGCAGGUGCAACGGAGAACAAGGCCCAUGCGCUCCGGAAGUGGGUCGAGAACUGUUUCAAGCUGAUUGGACAUACAAUGGGAAUCGACCAGGCGCUGGCAUUAAUUGAAAUUCUGGGCGUGGAACCUGGAUUCUUCGAGGACAUCGAUCGAAAGGACGGAAUCGUGUAUCGGGUAGAAGACCUGAGGGAUCUUGGGAGUGAUCACCCAUGA